CUUCUCCAUUUAUACUUCAAAAAUUAAAAUUUCUGGACUUCUUAUGCUUCCAAAUUAGCACCCUGCAUACCAGCGCAUUCUUUCCCGCCUUUUUCAAUUCCGGAGCUAUUCUUGUUCAAUUAAUUUUUUUUUCCAACUCUGGAUUUAGCUACUUUUGCUCCAAAGAAUAAACAUUAACCAUGAUAACCAUUUUUAUAGAUGUUAAAAAUAAAAAUAAAAAAUAUGGUAGCAAUCGCAUAUUCAUGAGUCACGCUCUUAUACUACAGAGUUACUAAACUAUAACUCAUGUAUAACCAUAACUUAUAGAGUAUAUUUAAACCAAACUAUUCCAAUAUUGAUUAGUUUUAUACCAUCAUAUUACACAACAAUUUCAUGUAUCGUGAUCCACAAACCAAAUUAUCUUAGCGAAAACAUUUGUCUACCGGCCAGUUAAUGGCCCAGCUCAAAGCAAGUAGAAUGAUACCCUCUUUGGCCCUAGCCAGCAGCUAAUUAUUGAACUAUGUUAUGAAAUUAUUAAUGAUUUUUAUUGGCUUUUGGAACCACAAGUACAUAGAAGACGAGUUACUAGUCAAUUAUAUGGAUGGAUGGAUGGACGGAAGUCGGAACAUAAAUAAUUCUAGUGUAUCCUCUCAUUCGGCGGUUCUCCGUUAAUCACCCACGAACACUAGUUUACUUCUUGAUGAAUUGAACGCUAAAUCAAUCAUGUGAUUAAAAUAGGGAAAUGGGUCCAAAUCAAAAGGUUUUGUCAGUCACGUUGAUAUGAAUCACCCUUCAACUUCCACAAUCUGAAUGCAAUCAGCUCACUAUUUCUAUGUAAUGGUUGAUCGAUCCCCUGCCCUGGCUCUGUUGCUGUAUAUAAAAGCAGAGCAUGUCCGCCCUUAAGAGAAGUCACAAAUCCUCUCUUCUAUUUCAUCAUAUACCUCACUAAUUAGAAGCUCCCAAGCAUUCCCCAGAUGGCGGUCCUCGAUAACAAGUUGUUCUUCCUAGCUUCCAUCUUCAUUCUAGGAGCUCUGGCUUCUCAAUCCAUGGCACGCUACGCUCCUCAUGAGGCCGCCAUGCGCCUUAGGCACGAGCAAUGGAUGGCUCGUUACGGGCGAGUUUACGGGAGUGCCAACGAGAAGGAGGCACGGUACCAAAUAUUCAAGGACAAUGCAGCUCUGGUCGACUCGUUCAAUGCCGCAGGAGACAAGCCUUACAAGCUAGGUACCAACCAGUUUGCUGAUCUGACGAACGAGGAGUUCAGAACAACUAGAAACAGGUUCAAGGGCCACAUAUGCUCUGCGCAACAAGGACCAUUUAGGUACGAGAAUGUGACUGCAGUGCCAACCACCAUGGACUGGAGGAAGAAGGGAGCCGUCACUCCAAUGAAAGACCAAGGCCAAUGCGGAAGCUGCUGGGCAUUUUCUGCUGUUGGGGCCAUGGAAGGGAUCACUCAGCUUAGUACCGGCAAAUUGGUAUCCCUUUCGGAGCAAGAAUUGGUUGAUUGUGACACCAAGGGAGAUGACCAGGGUUGCAGCGGCGGAUUGAUGGAUGACGCCUUCAAAUUCAUCAUCGCGAACAAGGGUUUGACCACUGAGGCCAAUUACCCAUACAGUGCUGCCGAUGGGUCCUGCAGUGCUAGCAAAGAAGGCAAUCACGCGGCUACAAUCAAGGGGUAUGAAGAUGUGCCAGCCAACAGCGAAUCUGCAUUGCUCAAGGCGGUAGCUAGUCAACCGAUUUCUGUGGCGAUCGAUGCAGGGGAUUCCUCGUUCCAACUCUACGAGAGCGGGAUCUUCACCGGAGAAUGUGGGACUGAAUUGGACCAUGGAGUGACCGCUGUCGGCUAUGGUGAGAGCGGCGGGAUGAAGUACUGGCUUAUCAAGAACUCAUGGGGAGCUCAAUGGGGAGAGGAAGGAUAUAUCCGAAUGCAGAGAGAUAUUCCUGCGAAAGAAGGCAUAUGUGGAAUUGCGAUGCAAGCUUCUUACCCUACUGCCUAAAACCAAAGCUUUCUACUCAGCAUGCUCUACUUGAUGCAUGUAUUUAUGCUUGUGAGGUAGCUUUGUGAAGUCCUUUAAUGUAACUAUGUAUUAUAUACUUGUUGAUGUUGUUGUUCAUUGUUGUCUCCUCAAAAUCAAAGGGUAUGGCUUCUAUGUCUAUACCAUCCUUCAAUGUACUUUAUUUUGUAAAUCUAUAUGUAUAGUAAUCAAGAUGUGUUCCUUUUGUUGGAUUGUUUGUGUCUCUUUACAUUUGCAUUUUUUAUGGUCCUUUUUAAGGUAUUUUUUUACCGUAUGAUAUAUAGUUGCAACUUGCAUGUCUAUGGCAAUUGGCAAGUUGGGACAAGAUGAAGCACUUAAUGGACUUCGUCGCUAAAAUAUGUUGGAGCCUAGUUAUGACGAGAGACUUGUUUGUUGUUUUUAUUUGUACUUUUGUGUUCAUGGCUUUAGCUUAGGCUAAUGAAAGCAACAUUCACCU